UAUUAUGGGAUUUUUGGGAUUAUAUUGGAUUUUUCGGAUUAUCAUGGGAUUUUUCGGAUUAUCAUGGGAUUCAAAAAUCCCAAAAAUCCGCCUUUUCCCCCUUGGAUCAUCCGGUAAUACCACAUUUCAUCGAGCGGAAAAAUUGCAUCCUAGUUCCUUAGAUCUUGCUGGUUCCAAUACGAUUCGCUUUUCCUUCUCUCAACUAUUAACUGAUUAACAAGAAUUAAAAUAUGAAAACAAUGCAGAACACUAAUGAUCAAAUAAUAAAAUGAAGAAAUGAACUUAAUUAAAUUUAAAUUAGAUAAAACAAAUAACACUUUUUUCUACUUUGAUUGUUAAUGAAAUCACGAUUGAUUCUUUUUAAAAUAGGUACCAAAAUUAAAAUGUUUUAUAUUGAAGAGUUCUAUUGACAGUGAUUUAGAAUUUGUUUAUUUAAAAUGGCUUCUUAACAAUCUUAAUCAUAUAACAAAGCUUAAAAUUUAUUUAAGAGGUUCAGGAACAUGGAGAACAGGUCAAUUAAUAUGGAAAUCUGUUAUUGAUGCAAAUUUUAUUCGUCAUCAUUGUUUACCUGAUAAAAUAAUUAAUUUAAAAUACUUUCAUUUCUAUAUCGGUAGAACAUGUGAAUUAUCUGUUCAGCCAAAUAUGUAUGAUUGGUCAGAUAGUCGACAUAUUUGGUUUGUUUUUGAUCCAUCUCUUUAUUUAUUUCUCGAUCAAUUGGAUAAACAAUGUCCUAAUGUUUCCUCUAUCACAAUUCAUACAGAACAUCAUAUCAACGAACCAAACAGGAUGACAACAAUAUCCAAAGUUGGAGAGAAGAAUCUAAAUGAUAUUCAACUUCGAAAUGUUACAACACUUAGAUUUGGAAAUUGUCGUGGUCGUAGAGUUGCUUCUUGUGGUAUAUUAAAAGAUCGAGAUAAAGUACGUGCGAAAAUAUUUGCUCAUCUUCUUUCAAUGCCUGUUCAACUCAAAUAUCUUUUUAUUCAAAAAUUCGAAUGGUUUUUAUAUGUUAUUCAAUAUGCCGCUGAUGAAUUGCGAAAAAAUGCAUUGACUACUAUUCGAUAUGCUGAAUUUGGUAUUCCAAGUUGUAAUCUUGGUAGAAAUGAAUCGAUUGAUAUUGGUAAACAUCUUAUACCUCUUCUUAGUACUUAUAUGCCGCAUUUACAUACAUUACAACUCUGGAGACCAGAUGAUUUUCUUUGGACAUCUCGUAAUCUACUUUGUUUUUUAAUUCUUCCAGUUCGACCAAGUCAUAAAUAUGGCCGGCAUUAUGGACCGUUUAUAACACGAUGGAAGCGAUCUUUAUCAACACUUGAAUCUAUUAAUGAUCAUGCAACGGUUUUUGAACAAGAUCUUUCUCAAUUAGUUGAGCAACUAAAAGAAUUUAUCUUUCUGGAUAUUCGUGGCAUAAUUCCUUGUGAAAAAGUAGAACCUUAUCGUUUAAUGGCUCAAACUCGUUUUCCAAAUAGUCGAAUUGAUGUUCAACUAACAAGAUUUCGUCUUUGGAUAUAA